GAAUCCUCCGCAGACUUGGCAGAGCAAAGAUCUCAGCUGGUCAGCGUUUUAUCGUCCACGCUUUCGGGUGAGGUGCAGAUCAUCGAUGGUAUGGACACGCUGACCGCGGCGCUAAACAUUGCCCGCCUGGUGGCGUUGUCGAAGCUGCCUUUAUGCGCGUCUAUGCGAGAGUCCUUGAACAAGCCGCCUUUGCAACUUGUGGCGAAGUUGAACAACAUCUCAAAGCAGAUUGAUGCUGAGCUGGGGAUGUUGACCCAUUCCUCCCAGAACGGCUUGUCCCAAGAGCUGGCGCAUGCCAUGGGCACGGACCAGGUGGAUCUGAACCAGAUGAAGCAAGACCGCAUCAACAUG